GCGGCGGCGGGCGUGGCCGUGCUGCGAGGGGCGAGCAAGAUGGCGGAGGGUGACAACAACAGCGUCUACCAGCUGGCUGCAGAAACAGCUAGCUUGGAAGAGCAGUUGCAAGGAUGGGGAGAAGUGAUCUUGAUGACUGAUAAGGUUCUUCGCUGGGAGAGAGCCUGGUUUCCUCCGGCGCUGAUGAGUGUUGUUUCAUUUUCUUUCCUGAUGAUCUACUACUUGGAUCCAUCCGUUCUCUCAGGUGUCUCCUGCUUUGUAAUGUUCAUCUGUUUGGCUGAUUAUCUUGUUCCUGCUCUUGCACCCAGAAUCUUUGGCUCCAACAAAUGGACUACAGAGCAGCAGCAAAGAUUCCAUGAGAUUUGCAGCAAUUUGGUCAAAUCUCGUCGCCGAAUUGUUGGGUGGUGGAAACGUCUUUUCGCGCUGAAGGAAGAGAAGCCUAAAAUGUACUUCAUGACCAUGCUUUGUUCUCUUGCUGUGGUUGCCUGGAUUGGACAGCAAGUUCACAACCUCUUUCUGACAUAUCUUAUUGUAAGUUUCUUGCUGCUGUUUCCUGGACUGAACCAGCAUGGGAUCAUUACAAAGUAUGUUGGAAUGGCAAAAAGGGAAAUAAACAAACUGCUCAAGCACAAGGAGAAGAAAAAUGAGUGAAGACUUAAGUGCUGUUUGCUCUUGUAGAAGGUUUUCUUGGGAACAGUUUUGUGAAUUAAUGUAUAAUUAAGAUAAUAGAAGUUGUAUUGCUCACUGGCUUACCUUUUUUAUUGGCUCCAAUGAAUUGAAAAUGUCACUCUAGCAUCUGCUAUGGGUUUGUCUCUCUUGUAGGGUUCUGUAUCUGAUUUCAUAUGAAAGAUCUUAACCUUUGACAUGUGGAGCUUAAAUUCUUCACCCAUUUAAGAGGCCUCAUAACUACCCUAUCUCAAAAACUUACUGCAAUUGAUCACAGCAUUUCCAUACCUGUUAGCUUCACCAGUUAAUGGUUUGUGGUUACAGCAAGUACGAAGGCGUUCUGAAAUCUUGCACUUCUGAGCAGCUUGUUACUACUGAGUCUUGUGGAAAGAAGACAAACUGAGUAAGUGAUGGUAUUUGAGCGUGCCUGCCCUCAUGAGGGCAGGAGGUGGUCCUGUUGUCUCACUGAAUGUUUGCUUUCUGUGGCAGCAUAUGCCAGACUGCCUGCUGAACUGGGAUCUGGAGUACAUAGAUUUCUGGUAGAGUUAUUUAGCUGUAGUACAAACUUCAGUUUGUUGCACUGAGACUGUAGAGAGCGAGUUAAGGUGUGUGUGUGACCUUACAGCUGAUUGUUCUAAAAACUGCUGUUAUGGAGCCAUGUAGCACGUUUGGUUUUAUGAAUGUUGUCUGUGUACAAAAUCACUCUGGAUACGCUCGGUCUGUCCGUUGUAAAUAAGGCUGAGUGUUGUGCUUUUCUAUCUCCUCCCCUCUUUUUUUUUUUUUAAAAAAAAAAAAGCUUUUUUUUCUUUGAAAAGCUAAAACCUGUGUUAAUGCAUUUUAAAAGUUUACUGUUUUAAGAUGAAGUCUCCUCAGUGUAUUGUAAUUGUUGAAUAGGUAAAUACAGACUCAUGAGAAACUUC